UGGAAGCUGGGAGCAGCAGCGCUGGAGUUAUGAAGGGGAACUGGAGCAACGGCAGCCAGCGUGAGCGAGCAACGGAAAAGCCUCGCGCGUUUCAGUGAAGCCCUGCGCGUGGGAAGAAUGAUUAGAAUCAACUGAACUGCGCACUUUAAUAACAGCCUACGGUUUUUACACCAGAAACGCGUGUGCAGUUCUUUUGUGGGCUCGACAGAAUUAGUUAGGUAGUUUGUUAGUUCAGCGUUUAGAAGACUUAACCCACUUGUUUCCGUGACUUAAGCAGCGAUUAUUUUGGAGUUGUUUUAACGUUUGAAUUACCUUAGCAUCGAGUGGAGGGAUUAAAGGGGCCGGGAGAGAGAGAAGAGAAGGUGGGGCAGAGUGAGUCAAAGCGACCGUGCGCUCACUUCUGUCCACCCGCUUCAACAGAACCACCAACGGAUAUUUUUUUUUUCUCUUUAAAACCGAAAGGAAUCAAUUAUUUUUUGUUUAUCGGAAUUUGGAGAGCGGUAACGUAGGCUUUCAGCGUUUAUUUUCGCCGCACAUUCCAGCUACUCUUAUCUAACGUUACACUGUAAUCCUCUGACAUUUAUCGUUUGGACGGAUUUUUUGGGGGGAGUGUAAAUUCCCCGGUCUUGUUGGACCAUGGCCGACGACGACGUGCUCUUUGAAGAUGUUUACGAGCUGUGCGAGGUCAUUGGCAAGGGGCCGUUUAGUGUUGUACGAAGAUGCAUCAACAGGGAGACAGGCCAACAGUUUGCCGUGAAGAUUGUGGAUGUGGCCAAAUUCACCUCCAGUCCCGGCCUCAGUACAGAAGAUCUGAAGAGGGAAGCGAGCAUCUGCCACAUGCUGAAACAUCCUCACAUAGUGGAGCUUCUGGAGACCUACAGCUCUGAUGGGAUGCUCUACAUGGUGUUUGAGUUCAUGGAUGGAGCAGAUCUCUGCUUUGAGAUUGUGAAGAGAGCAGACGCUGGUUUUGUUUACAGUGAGGCAGUAGCCAGUCACUACAUGAGACAGAUCCUAGAGGCUUUGCGGUACUGCCAUGACAACAACAUCAUUCACCGGGAUGUGAAGCCUCAUUGUGUGUUGCUGGCAUCAAAGGAGAACUCAGCUCCGGUGAAACUUGGUGGCUUUGGUGUGGCUAUACAGCUGGGAGAGUCCGGAUUAGUGGCUGGAGGACGGGUGGGUACUCCGCACUUCAUGGCCCCUGAGGUGGUGAAAAGAGACCCCUACGGGAAACCUGUGGAUGUUUGGGGCUGCGGAGUCAUCCUCUUCAUCCUCCUGAGUGGCUGCCUGCCCUUCUAUGGCACCAAAGAGCGCCUGUUUGAAGCAAUCAUAAAAGGAAAAUAUAAGAUGAACCCCCGGCUGUGGGGCCAAAUCUCAGAGAGUGCCAAAGACCUGGUGCGCCGUAUGCUGAUGCUGGACCCUGCAGAGAGGAUCACAGUGUAUGAAGCUCUCAACCACCCCUGGCUCAAGGAGAGAGACCGCUAUGCCUACAAGAUCCACCUUCCUGAGACAGUGGAGCAGCUGAGGAAGUUCAAUGCCAGGAGGAAGCUAAAAGGCGCAGUGCUCGCUGCAGUCUCCAGCCACAAGUUCAACUCUUUCUAUGGCGAUCCACCAGAAGAACUGCCUGACUUCUCCGAGGACCCUACUUCAUCAGGACUACUAGCAGCGGAAAGGGCUGUGUCACAAGUGCUAGACAGUUUGGAGGAAAUCCAUGCACUGACUGAUUGCAGUGAGAAAGACCUGGACUUUCUACACAGCGUCUUCCAGGACCAUCACCUCCACACAUUGCUUGAUCUGUACGACAAGAUAAACACCAAGUCUUCACCACAAAUCAGGAAUCCUACAAGUGAUGCAGUUCAGAGAGCCAAAGAGACCUACGCCGAAGACGGGUCGAGCACGGCUUUGAAACAUCUGGAAUAUGUACUUGAGGAGAUUUCAUGCUACUCGGAGAAUGCAGAUGCUAAAGAACUGAGACGGAUUCUAACCCAGCCCCAUUUCAUGGCCUUACUUCAGACUCAUGAUGUUGUGGCGCAUGAGGUGUAUAGUGACGAGGCACUGAGGGUCACCCCACCCCCCACAUCACCAUAUCUCAACGGAGACUCACCUGAGAGCACGAACGGAGACAUGGACAUAGAAAAUGUUACACGAGUGCGCCUAGUUCAGUUCCAGAAGAACACAGACGAACCAAUGGGCAUCACGUUGAAAAUGAACGACUUGAAUCAUUGCAUCGUGGCAAGAAUAAUGCAUGGAGGAAUGAUCCACAAACAAGGAACUUUGCAUGUUGGAGACGAGAUCCGGGAGAUCAACGGCAUAAGUGUAGCAAAUCAAACGGUGGAGCAGCUUCAGAAGAUGCUUCGGGAAAUGAGAGGCAGCAUCACCUUUAAGAUUGUGCCAGGCUACCGCAUACAGCAGUCGUCCUGUGAGAAAGAAUCCCCCCCCACCUCCAGACAGUCCCCUGCUAAUGGCCAUUCCAGCAUUAACAGUUCUAUCUUGGACUUGCCGUCAACCAUCCAGCCAAAAGGACGCCAGAUCUCCAGACCUCCAAUCAAGGAUACAUUUUCCAUCAAGAUCUUUGUACGGGCGCAGUUUGAGUAUGAUCCGGUGAAGGAUGACCUCAUCCCCUGUAAAGAGGCAGGGAUUCGCUUCAGGGUGGGUGACAUAAUCCAGAUUAUCAACAAAGAUGACCAUAACUGGUGGCAAGGCAAGCUGGAAAACACCAAGAACGGCACAGCGGGACUGAUUCCCUCCCCUGAACUUCAGGAGUGGAGGGUGGCUUGUAUAGCCAUGGAGAAAACCAAGCAAGAACAGCAGGCAAGCUGUACUUGGUUUGGCAAGAAAAAAAAGCAGUACAAAGACAAAUACCUAGCAAAGCACAACGCAGUGUUUGAUCAACUAGAUCUGGUCACAUAUGAGGAAGUAGUGAAGUUGCCAGCAUUCAAGAGGAAAACAUUAGUUUUACUAGGUGCUCACGGUGUUGGCCGAAGACACAUCAAGAACACACUCAUCACCAAACACCCAGACAGAUUUGCUUAUCCCAUUCCACACACAACCAGACCUCCAAAGAAAGAUGAAGAGAAUGGCAAGAAUUAUUUCUUUGUGUCCCAUGACCAAAUGAUGCAGGACAUCUCCAACAAUGAUUACCUGGAGUACGGCAGCCAUGAGGAUGCAAUGUACGGCACGCGGUUGGAGACAAUACGCAAGAUCCACGAGCAGGGACUCGUAGCCAUUCUGGACGUAGAGCCACAGGCUCUGAAGGUUUUACGGACGGCUGAAUUUGCUCCUUAUGUGGUUUUCAUUGCUGCACCAACUAUCACUCCCGGCAUGAAUGAGCUUCCCAGAUGGUGCAGGAAACUGCCUGACGAGUCAUUACAGAGGCUGCAGAAGGAGUCCGAGAUCCUCCAGAAGACAUAUGCACACUAUUUUGACCAAACCAUCAUCAAUAAUGAGAUUGACGAGACUAUUCGACUCCUGGAGGAAGCCAUAGACCUGGUUUGCACCACUGGCCAGUGGGUUCCGGUAUCCUGGGUCUACUAAAACAGCAAACCCAUCAGCCUGUAACCUUCCACCCUUCAUAACCUCUCACUGUGCAGUACACCUCUGCAAGAAAAAGAAAAAAACUCAUGAUUCCAACAGAAGCCCACCAACAACAUUGAUGUACCUUAAGUGAGCCUAGCCUUGGCCCCUCACACACUACCUAGACGUAGUGUUGUAUUAAUGAAAAAAAUAAAAUAAAUACUAAAUAUUGUCAUGUCUAUAUAGCUAGGAGGCAGCAUUUUGUAGACUGAUUUAAAGAGACAAUGUCCUACAUGAUGCAUUUUCCAGCAAUUUUUUUUAUUUUUUUUUGUGUAGUUUUUCUGCUCAUUUUUCUGUUAUCACCAGAGCAAAAGUGCAGUUUCCAUACAGCAGAAUCCUCACAAUCCCUUUCAUCUGUCCAUUAACUCAUAAUCCCCACAUUAUCCAUGCGGCAGAGCCCAGCUGUUUUAGCACAACCCUCCCAUUUGCCUUUUUUUUGGUUUGUUUUUCACGUUUCACCAUCUUCUACACGAUGGAUACUGUCUCUAAAGAUGUACAUAAAUGUUUUAGAGAUCUGAAUGAGAUCUCAUGCAUGUGAACAUUCACAAGUGUCCAUGCUGUCAGUGUUAGCUGUGUUCAGACCGUCACCCACAGCAGAAAACAUUCCAUUCGUCUGGACGAACACAUUCAAACAGGUGGGGCCGGUGACGAGGAGAAAAAAAAAGAAGACCUAUGCACAUCCCUUGCAUUUUGGCAAAUUUGUAAACAGUUUAUUUUUACCAAUCAUGUAGUAAAAUGUGUUUGUAAAUGGUCUGAAUUUUUAUUUGUUGUAAGAUUAAGGGGUUUAGGAUGAAAAUGAGUUCACAGAACUGUUCUGCCAUUUCAGAAAAGUGUCGUUUCUGUGGAGUCGUUUGAGGAAGAGGUGCGUCUGUUCAUCUGAAUGGUUCUGUACAUGACAAACUGUUUACUCAAACUGCUCUGUGUAAAUGGCUCUGCCGAUGAUGGAGCAGCUCUUCGGUAUGAGUGUUUUUUUUAUAAAUAUAUUUCCUUUUAUGUGGUGAAGAUCUC